AUGGUCAAAGCUAUUAUCGCCCCCUCUAUUCUUGCCGGUGACUUCAGUAAGCUUGGAGCAGAGGCCAAACGUGUCUUUGAUGCUGAAGCGGAUUGGAUACACUUGGAUGUUAUGGAUGGACACUUUGUUCCUAACAUCACUAUGGGACCUCCUAUUAUUGCAAGUCUCCGUAAAUCUGUUCCUCGGGAUUCCAACGCUCCAGGAAAAUUCUUCUUUGACUGUCACAUGAUGGUUUCUAGGCCUGAGCAAUGGGUAGAACCUAUUGCCAAAGCGGGAGGUGACCAAUAUACUUUCCAUUAUGAGGCUACGGACGACCCAUUGAAGCUGAUCAAGUUGAUUAGAGACAACGGAAUGAGGGCUGCUUGUGCCAUUAAACCGGGAACCCCGGUGGAGGUUCUUUAUCCACUUGCUCAAUAUUUGGAUAUGGCUUUGGUCAUGACCGUAGAGCCGGGGUUUGGAGGCCAGAAGUUCAUGGCUGAUAUGAUGCCUAAGGUAGAUGCUUUAAGAAGGAAGUAUCCUCAGCUGGACAUUCAGGUGGAUGGGGGUCUAGGCCCAAGCACCAUCCUGGCAGCAGCUAAUGCAGGUGCCAAUGUCAUCGUUGCAGGAACCUCAGUGUUCAAAGCCGCAAAUGCCGAGGAAAUGAUCCAGCUGUUGAGGUCGCACGUGACCUCGUUUCUUCGAGACAACAACUUAUUAACCAACUAA